CAGGCAUUCGCAACUGUGGAUUAUUUAUUCUAGUUCCUCUUUUUUUUUAGCUUGAUAAUUAGUUUCAUUUUGCCUUGUUAUAAGCAUAUUUUCUUGAAAGAUGUCCAAUUAUCAAUUAUAAACCGGCUUUAUAGUUUUAAUAUGAAAUAAUUUAGGAAAUAUUUUGGCUACAAAUCAAAAAGUAUCUUUUUUUUAUAUGAUAAAUUAAUUAAAUUACUUAAUUUUUGCAUGUCUUCUCUAUUCAUAUAUAGAAUUCGAUGUUUCCGUGGCUGACAAAAGGAAAAAGUAGGAUGCUGCUGAUAGCUCCAAUUAUUUUCCUGACCAUAUAUUUCCUUUCAUUAAGAAGUGGGGUGUACGAAAUGUUAAGACAGAUGGAAAGACCUACUUUUUCAUUGGGAAAAAUAGGCAUAUUUACCCUACUAGAAAAUAAUAAAGUACCUGAAAACAAUUGGAGUAUUCUGCGAAUAAAGGAUAAUAUUGAAAUAUGGGCAUUAUCAGCCAUUGUGCAAGACAGCGAAACGUCUCAUACUAUUGGAUAUAAACAUCCAGCAUUAGUGAUAUUCUUUGUUGCAAACACUAGAUAUCUUGAUAAGAAAGCUAACUUAAUUUGUGACAUUAUUGCAUUUAACGGAUCGAUAAAAUCUAGGCGAGCAAAAGUAAAUACUCUCAAAAAAUCUUACAGAUAUAAAGAAACAGGCCUGCAAGAUUAUUUCAUUACUUGUCCAUUGUACAAGGAUGACACUAAAUUAAGAAAAGUCGGCUUGAGAUGGCGCAAAGCAUCAAUUCAGUUAGAUGUCUUAUAUCCUUAUUCAAAACCGAGCAAUUUAACAAUUUGCGUUCCGAUUUUAUAUGGAUAUUUCGAGAAGAAUAUGCUUAUUGAAUGGUUUGAAUAUUAUAAAUGGUUGGGUGUCGAAAGCAUUCACGUUUAUCCGUGGAGAGUAUCUAAGACAGUAAUGGAUGUUCUAAGGUUUUUUGAAAACAAAGGAAUGGUGGUAGUGAAAAGCAUAAAGAAUCCAGUUGAAAUUAAUUAUAAAUGGAAAGAGAGUAUGCUAUUCACUAAUAAAAAGCCAAUGAUGAUUAAAGCAAUUAUGCCUCCAAUUUUGAAUGAAUGCUUCUUAAUGAAUUCAAAACGAUCCCGUUAUGUAUUGUCUAUAGAUUUUGAUGAAGUGCUUAUGGUUAGACAAAAAGAACGUCUCUUCACCCUGAUAGAACGUUAUCAGAAGCAAAAAAAUUGUCAUUCUCAACUGACAUUUGGACAGUAUUUUUUUGAAGUAAGCUGUAACAAGACAAAAAACCAUCCAUCAUUCUUAUUCUCUCACGUGUUCAGACAAAAAGACAAAUAUUUCCGAUAUGUAGCUCCAAAAUCAAUAAUAGACCCUCGAUUUUGUGAAUAUUACGGAAAUCACUUUUGUUCUCGAAAAAUUCCAGCAUAUAUAAAUAAAAAAAAAGAAAUAUUUUCAAAAUGCCUGAUUAAUAGGAGAGAUGGCUUUAUAGCUCAUUUUAGAAAGAAGAGCACAUGCUUUCGUAGGACUGUAAAUGAAUAUACAGAAGAGAAAUCACUUGAAAAGUUGAAAAGAGAUUUAGAACCAAUUUUUAAAAGUGCAAAACAGAACUUUGCUAAGUUUCUACAAAAGAUAACAAUAUAAUUAUAAAUGAAUAAAGUUCUAGAAAUAUCUAGUUUAUACAUAUAUAUUCAACAACAGCUAAUUAUUUAUUAUAUGAUGAAUCUCCUAAAUCACUUUGCUUUUUGAUGUAUAGACUAAUUUUGCUUCCGAUUGGAUUAUAUUCAAUUGUCUCUAGAAGAAAGGCAGAGAUACUGCAUUGAAUAUGUAAAUAUAUAGAAAUGUUUUCUAAUGAGAAAUGAACUUGAUAACCAAUCUUAAAAUCCGUUAGAAGGACAUAAGCUGUGGGAUAUAAAGAAAUUUUGGUGUCCAAGUCGAAUUUUCACUGAGUUAUUAAUUGACGAGAACUACAUGUACGGGGAAACUUAAACCCAGAAGUGCAAUUAAUUUGUAUGACGUCAUCGUAAUAGAACAUGGUAGCUUUUCGUAAAUGUUAUAUUGAUAGGAUUUUUUAACAAAGGGCAGAUUAUAGAUAUACAUAUAUAUAUGUCUUUACAUAGAUAAAGAAAUAAACUUUUAUUUCAUAAA